UUUCCUUCAGUGGCAUCACCUGGGCCUGGACCUCCUCCAGUGCCAUGCCCAGGAAAAGAGGGAACCAUCAAGAGCAUCUCAUGGGACAGAACAUGACCAGCAAUGUCAGCAGGCAAAACCAAGGUUUUGUUUAGCAAUGACCCUUUGAUGAAGUCAAAGAUUUACAAUCAGUCCAGUACAGAUUGGAGUACAGAUGGGAGAACACUCAGGGGGUACAGCCAAGGCCAUGAGGUCACAGCAGUCUCUGGGGUGACAGCAGGCUGAGGUGACAGCAGGCUCUGAGGUCACAGAGGUCCCAGAGCCCCGUGGUUGCACAGCACCACAAGGACCGAGCAGUCAGUCCUUGACCACGACUGUUGUGGCAGCAGCGGUGCUGACAUUGGGACAGCGGUGUCAGGACAGUGGUGGCAGCAAGAGCUGCAGGACUGGCAGUGGGCAAGGCACCAUGGCCUUUGCUCUGCGCCUCCUCCUCCUGCUCCUCCUGGCAGUGGCCCUGCCUGACAGGGCUGCCCAGGCUGCUCCAUGGCAAGCACAGGGAGCAGACUGGGAUCGUGACAUGGAGCAUCUGGAAGCCCUGGGACAUGACGGUUUGAUUCCCAUGGAAAAUGCUGGAGCCAAGCCUCUUGGUGAAGGUGAUCUGGCUUCUCAACCCACAUCCAGGACUGAGGCUCUGGGAGAUGGUGAGGGUGUGUCUGCAGGGAGGACUUUCCAGGCUCCUGGGCUGGAUGCUGCACGCAAGCCCAGCUCCCGUCGCAGGGGUCCUCCAAGAGAAAAGAACAAAGCUACAGGACACCGGAAACCCCAUGAGCCAUCCAUGCUCAAUACCAUGCAGCAAAUGCUGAAGGAAAUGCUGCAGGGAGGACAAGAGAUGAAUCAAAAGGCUGUGCUGAAGGUGCCAUUUCCCAGAGGAAGCAGUGGCUCAUGGGCAGCCUCUGCUACAGGAAGUGAGGCCAUGCCAGGCACAGUCCCAGGAGAUUGGGAUGGUGACAUGGAGCAUCUGAAAGCCCUGGCACAUAAUGGUUUGAGACCUAUGGAGAAUGCUGGAGGCAAGUUGUCAAUGUCCCUUUCUGCACAGAAUUAUCAGUGUGAGUGUGGGAAGAGCUCACUCUCAUGCCAUUUCCCUUAAGAGUCUGAAGGUUGAUGGAUUCUGGAAACUUUGCCCCACUCCCUUCUGGAGUCCUGAGUGAUCCCACAGCAUUACUGUCAGUGGGAGGAAGGAGCAUUUAGCUGUUAAUCUCUUGCCAUGUGCAAUGCCAAU